AAUGAACAUGGAAAGAGAGAAGUGGAUGUGGACGCAAACACGUUAGAAAGAAAGUCCCCGAAGUCAUGAAUAAAGCAUUGAACGUCAGCAGCUGGAAAGAAAUAGCAGAAUAAAUGCAAGGAAUAUGGAGGGAUGAAAUUAUUAAAAAUUAUGUCAGCACAUCUUUAUCAAGUAGAUACUUUGUACCCGACGCUUUUCUUGAUGGGGGGAACAGCCGAACAAAUCAGACACAAAAAUUCCUGCUCACGUAGAGUUAUAUCCGAGAAUAAUAAAGAUCAGAGCAGUGAUCAGUGAAACAAAACAAACAUACAUCCCAGAAAACAUCGAUAAAGGCCCCGCCCUGGUGAGAAGCUGAUGGCACACCGGAUUGGCGGAGUUAAAGCGACGAAGGCAGAAAGAAUUGUUGGCGGGAAUAAACAGGGGCGAGGGCAGCGUGUACCACGGAAGUGAGGCGGGGGCUCAUGGCAUUUUCACCAAGACGACACCAAUCCAUUCGAAGGGAGGAAUUCCUAGAAAAAUGCAAAGCUAACUCAAGAAGCAUCAGAGAAGCUACUUAACGUGAUUCCUGUAGAGGAAAUUGAAGUCGUGGUUUGAAGUCCCCCAAAACACCAGGGCAAGUUCGACCCGUGACUCCAGAAAACAGAGAAUCCAAACUCUGUGCACAUUUUUAUGACCUUGAAUUUACAUGACCUUGAACUUAUAACCUUGAAUUCAAAACCAAACUGGGAUUUUACAAGAAUGGAAAAAUACAAUCUGACUCCAUUGCAGCAACAGAUGAGUGAGACACUAUGGUCCGUCCCAAGGGUUAGUCCUGAUGCAAGACUAAUUUAAUAUUUUAAAAUUUGUUGUGAUUCAUGACACUCACAGAUUAAAGGGGAAAAUAUGGCUGCAAGAGAUGCAGAAAAAUUCAAUAAUGCUCAAUAUUAAUUCAUGUUUGCUUUUAAAAUUUUUUUGUUAACCAAGAAUUUACAAAGAAGCCUUCAGCCAACAUUAUGGUUAACAGUGAAACACCGAGUUUUCUUCGUUAUGAUCAGGAAGACAAUAGUGACGUCUGUCAUGGGCAAUGCUACUCAGUUUUAUGGGCAAAGGAUUAUUCAGAGGUUAACAAGGUUGGGAUCACAAAAUUAAUAUGAAAAGCCCAUUGACUUUCUAUAUACCAGCAGAAGAAAAUAUUAGAAAAUGCAAUUUGAAACCGUAAAAUAUUAUGUACCAAGUUCCUAAAUCUAAGGAAAAACGUGCAAGACCUUUAAAGAGAAAAUUAUUUAAAGCUUUUUUGGGAAAGACCUACAGGAAAGCCUAAGCAAACGGAGAAAUAAACCAUGGUUUUGGAGAAAACACUCAAUGUCUUAGAGAGGCUCACUUUCCCCAACGGGCGCGUCUAUCCGAUGUAAGCACAGUGCAAAUCCCAACGGUUUUUCAAGGAAUUUGGGGAGCCUGUCGAAAACUUCCGUGGAGGAGCUAAGGGCUCCGGGAAAAGGAGCAGAGAAGGGACUUCAGUCCCCGGGUGGACGGAACCCAGCACCCCUGAGAUACACGCUGGACAGUGGGUGAACAGACUAUCAGGUGUGACGUCAGGGCAGAGAGGCGCCCCUGUGACGCCCCGCGCUGGGACAGCCCGUUCCCCGCGUGGGAACACAGGAACUGGAUCCUCUCCUCGUAUGCACACAAAACCCUCGUCCAGGUGGACUGGAGGCUUGCGCUCAGCACUAUAUCCGUUAGAAAAUGACGGACGGGCUAUCGUAAGGCCUCAUGGCAGGUUACUCACGCGAGACCCCAAAAAGCAACACAGAGCAGGAAACUGAGGCAUGGGGACCAGUUAAGAGCUUUCGUGGUUGCCUGGCCAGAGAGGAUCCAUGUCCAGGGCACAGCCGACCCUUGACCAGCAGCAGAGUUGGGGCCUCGCGCCCCAAGCACCAUCAAAAAUCCACGGAUAACGUUGGACUCUCCUGAAACUAUAGCGACUAAUGGCGUCCUGUCGACCAGAAAAGCUUUACCGGUAAUGAAGUCGGUGAACACGUAUUUUGCAGGUUCAAUGCAUCCAUCCCAUACUGUAUUCUUCCGUUAAGUAAGCUAGAGAAAGAAAAGCGUCAUUAGGACAAUCAUAAGGAAGAUACAUUGACAGUAUUUAGUGACAAAAAUCCACAUAUCGGUGCCUCCAAGCCCGUGUUUUCCAAGGGUCAGCUGCGUACUAACUGCCUGCAAGUCAGUAAGAAAACGUGGAGGACCCUAGAAGUGGACUGAUGCGCCACAGAAAAAAACGCUCCGGCCAGAAACCCAUCCGGCAGCUAGGCGACCAGAGUGACCAGGCCACCGGGCCGCGGUGACUCGGAUUCCGCCUAGAAAUGGACUGUGUGGGAGAGAAACAGGUCCUGACAGCAGGGCCAGUGACUAAAAACAUGGCUCAGAACCCGGGGAAACGACACAGUUCAGAGGCGCUGGCAGGUGGCCAAGCACAGAGCAAAGCGGAGAAAUGAUACCCCGCCCCCCACAGCGGCACCUCCGCCAGGGCCGCCGAGGUCUCCGCGGUGCCCCUGCUUUGUCACUCAUCGCCUGCUCUUUGCGGGACGCUGCUGCAACUCCCAGGCAGCCUCGCACAAGUCGGCUCCCCCCAGGACAGGCGGUGGCUCCGUCCCCACGCCCACGUGCGGGCCAAGCCUGCGGAGCCUCCCGCUCCCUGGGGCGCUCCGCGCGCCUUCGUCAGAUGACAGCCUGAUCGCAAGAAGCAGCUCCUUCACCGGUCAGGUAUGGCAUCGUCCUGGACGCUGGCUCUUCCCACACGUCCAUGUUCAUCUACAAGUGGCCGGCAGACAAGGAGAAUGACACAGGCAUCGUGGGCCAGCAUAGCUCCUGUGAUGUGCGCGGGGGCGGCAUUUCCAGCUACGCAGACAACCCUCCCGGUGCCGGCCAGAGUCUGGUCGAAUGCCUGGAGCAGGCACUUCGGGACGUGCCCAAGGAGAGACACGUGGGCACACCCCUCUACCUGGGAGCCACAGCAGGCAUGCGCCUGCUCAACCUGACCAGUCCAGAGGCCUCGGCCGAUGUGCUCGCGGCUGUGACGCGGACGCUGAUGCAGUACCCCUUUGACUUCCGUGGUGCCCGCAUCCUCUCGGGCCAAGACGAGGGGGUGUUUGGCUGGGUGACCACCAACUACCUCCUGGAGAACUUUAUCAAGUAUGGCUGGGCAGGCCGGUGGUUCCGGCCAAGGAAGGGGACCCUGGGGGCCAUGGACCUGGGAGGCGCCUCCACACAGAUCACCUUCGAGACGGCCAGCCCAGCUGAGGAUCCAGCCAACGAGGUCCAGCUGCGGCUCUACGGCCAGCUCUACCGCGUCUACACCCACAGCUUCCUCUGCUACGGCCGCGACCAGGUCCUCCAGAGGCUGCUGGCCAGUGCCCUGCAGACCCACAGCUUCCACCCCUGCUGGCCAAGGGGCUAUUCCACGCAAGUGCUGCUCCGGGACCUGUAUGCGUCGCCAUGUACUGCAGCCCAGCGGCCCCAGACCUUCAACGGCAGCCACAGGGUCCGCCUGGCGGGGGGCAGCGACCCGGCCCUCUGCCGUGGCCUCGUUUCCGGCCUCUUCAACUUCUCCUCCUGCCGCUUCUCCCGAUGCUCCUUCAACGGCAUCUUCCAGCCCCCCGUGUCUGGGGACUUUAUGGCCUUCUCUGCUUUCUUCUACGCUGUGGACUUCCUGCGGACCGUGAUGGGGCUGCCCGUGGCAAGCCUGCAGCAGCUGGGGGCCGCCGUGGUCACUGUCUGCAACCAGACAUGGAGUGAGCUGCAGGCUCUGGCGCCGGGGGAGGGGUCCCGCCUGGCUGACUACUGCGCCGGAGCCAUGUUCGUGCAGCAGCUGCUGACCCGAGGCUACGGCUUCGACGAGCGCGCCUUCGGCGGGGUGACCUUCCAGAAGAAGGCCGGGGACACCGCUGUCGGCUGGGCGCUCGGUUACAUGCUGAACCUGACCAACCUGAUCCCCGCCGACCCGCCGGGGCUGCGCAAGGGCACCGACUUCAGCUCCUGGGUGGUCCUCCUCCUGCUCUUCGUCGCCCUGCUUCUGGCCGCGCUGGUCCUGCUGCUGCGCAAGGCGCGCUCCACCAAGUCGCCGAGCGCCAUCUAGGGACUGGCUGGGGGCAGCUGCCCCAGCCCCAUAUAUCCCCAUCCUUCACCCCACCCCACCCUCAACAUCUCUGCCCCUCGAGCAGCCCCGAAACCGAGGCGGGGCUCCAGCGCGCGCGCCCACGCCCUCAGGGGCCGGGGAGGACGAAGGGGACCGAAUCCAGCCCCUUCAGCCCCCUGCGGCCUUGGCUGCGGCUCCGGCCUCCUGCUCCUCCUCCUACUGGGGGUGUGCGCUUCAGACACCCCGCUGCCCGCAGCCCGCGACUGCAGUGCUGGCACCCCGGAAGUGGAAACUUUAUUCGGAUGAUCAGGGCCCUCAGAGGCAUCCCCCAUCGGUCUUUGUCAGGGGGAGGGUAUCAGAGCCCACAGGCUGGGAGCCGGCCCAGCGCUCACUUGUAAAAUUUUGUAAUAAAAAGUUUUUCCUAGAGCAGUAGAGGGAAUUUCAUGGGGGUGCGGCCCCCUUGCUGCUGCCUGCCCUCCCUCCCCACAGCUGUGUUGGAUACGCAGGACCACUCCCGGUCCCCAGGGUGGGCUUGGGCUCUCCCAACUUCCUCUCUGGGUCCAGACCUGGGGCGGUGCAGACGCCACUCCCCUGCUCCACCAUGGUGGUCUGGAGUAGUUGCAGGAUGGCUGGCCUGAGAGUCCCUGAGUCCCUUGAGGCUUCUCUGGCUGGCGGAACCCCUGCAACACCCCUAGAGCUGCAUCAGUGACCUAAGCCAUCCUGGAGGCUGGUCCCUGGCCCAGAGUUGGCCUGGGGUAGGGGAGGGGGAAGCGGAGGUGGCAAGGAGGGGAAGUCGUGGUGGGCAGGGCAGGCAGGUGUCUAGGGUCCGGUCAGUGCUGGGAGAGACUGGGAAGGGGGCAAACCCUCAACAGGAGGUAUUUGGGGGGAUGUUGAGAUGAGGACCAGGAGGGACGCUGGGGCCCCUUCACUCCCAGGGAUGAGC